GCGGCAGGGGCGGCGGCGGCUGGAGCUCGGCGGAGCUCGUGGGACCCCAUUGGGGGAAUUUGAUCCAAGGAAGCUGUGAGAUUGCCGGGGGAGGAGAAGUUCCCAGAUCAUUGUGUCCACUUCCAGGGGGAGGAGGAGACGGCGGAGCGGGCCUCUGGGCGUCCUCGGCACUGCUGCACCCUACCCCAUCCUGCCGGCAUCAUGGUCUGCGGCAGCCCGGGAGGGAUGCUGCUGCUGCGGGCCGGGCUGCUCGCCUUGGCUGCGCUCUGCCUGCUCCGCGUGCCCGGAGCCGGGGCUGCAGCCUGUGAGCCCGUCCGCAUCCCCCUGUGCAAGUCCCUACCCUGGAACAUGACCAAGAUGCCCAACCACCUGCACCACAGCACCCAGGCAAACGCCAUCCUGGCCAUUGAGCAGUUCGAAGGUCUGCUGGGCACCCACUGCAGCCCCGACCUGCUCUUCUUCCUCUGUGCCAUGUACGCGCCCAUCUGCACCAUUGACUUCCAGCACGAGCCCAUCAAGCCCUGCAAGUCUGUGUGCGAGCGGGCCCGGCAGGGCUGUGAGCCCAUCCUCAUCAAGUACCGCCACUCGUGGCCGGAGAGCCUGGCCUGCGAGGAGCUGCCGGUUUAUGACCGCGGUGUGUGCAUCUCUCCCGAGGCCAUCGUCACCACCGACGGAGCGGAUUUUCCUAUGGAUUCUAGUAAUGGAAACUGUAGAGGGGCAAGCAGUGAACGCUGUAAAUGUAAGCCUAUUAGAGCUACACAGAAGACCUAUUUCCGAAACAAUUACAACUAUGUUAUUCGGGCUAAAGUUAAAGAGGUAAAGACCAAGUGCCAUGAUGUGACUGCAGUAGUCGAGGUGAAGGAGAUUCUAAAGGCUUCUCUGGUAAACAUUCCAAAGGACACCAUUAACCUUUACACCAGCUCCGGCUGCCUGUGUCCUCCACUUAAUGUUAAUGAGGAGUAUAUCAUCAUGGGCUAUGAAGAUGAGGAGCGCUCCAGAUUACUGUUGGUGGAAGGUUCUAUUGCUGAGAAAUGGAAGGAUCGACUUGGUAAAAAAGUUAAGCGCUGGGAUAUGAAGCUUCGUCACCUUGGACUGAAUAAAAGUGAUUCUAGCCAUAGUGAUUCCACUCAGAGUCAGAAGUCUGGCAGGAACUCCAACCCCCGGCAAGCACGCAACUAAAUCCUGAAAUGCAGAAAGAACAUUAGCGGACUUCCUAUUAAGACUUGCAUUGCUGGACUAGCAAAGGAAAAUUGCACUAUUGCACGUCAUAUUCUAUUUUUUUACCACAAAAAUCAUGUGGUAACCAAUAUUACUUCUAUUUUCUCUUUUGUUUUCUGCUUUUCUCUUUCCUCCUCCCACCCCUCUUUUUUUUGUGGUCUAAAUGCAAAUCCUUAAACAUAUGUAUUCUAUUUCAUUAAUCAUGGGAAAACUAUUCUUUGCAAUAAUAAUAAAUUAAACAUGUUGAUACCAGGGCCUCUUGCUGGAGUAAAUGUUAAUUUACUGUUUUGCACCCAGAUUGGGAAUGUAAUAUUGGAUGAAAAGAGAGAAAGCUAACUAUGCUGUACAACAUACUCGGCUGAUCUAAUUACAACCUCAUUUCUCAUGCCUUUUGGGCAUUCUCCUCACGCUUAGAAAGUUCUACAUGUUUAUAUAGGUAAAAUAGCAGUUUGAAAUCAAAUGCCACACAGGCAAAGUAAUCAGCAAGCACCAGGAAGCAUUUACGAGGAAAAGACACACAAGAUGAAUUAUUUGCAAGAUUGGCAGGAAGCAAAAUAAAUAAUGUUAGGACCUGGGGAAGGAACAUUUUGCCAGAUUGAGAAGCACAACUGAAACCAGUAGCUGUUAAGGUGUUAACGGUAGCAUUUAUCUUUUGGUAAUACAUUUGAUUUAUUUAUGAAUAUAUUAACCAGCAUUAGGGAAAUGAAUUACAACUAGACAUCUGCUGUUAUCAGCAUAGCUCUGUUUAAUUUGCUUCUUUUAAAAUAAACCUAUUGGUGUGAGUC